AUGAAGGUUAGAUCAUCAGUGAAGAAGAUGUGCGAGUUCUGCCAAGUAGUUAAGCGGCGUGGUCGAGUCUAUGUGCUUUGCAGCUCCAAUCCUAAGCACAAGCAGCGACAAGGCCUGGCCACGUUUGCCCAUGAAGGACUUUUGUCUACGGAGUCUACUACCAGUACCACCAAAGUGAUCACCACCUCUAAUCACAGCCUGCCUUCUCUCACCCCUAAAAGACGUGAGCCGAUGACAUCUGUUGCAUUUGGAUGGAGUGGGAGCCUUGCAUCUCUUCUCUUCAGGCAACCGAAGUAA